UGCAUUUCUAAUCAGAUAUUACUGCUGGGUAAGUGUACUUAGGACAGUAGCCUUAGUAUUAUACUAUGCUUCUAGCAUUCCUCAGGAUGAAUCAGGGGAGUGAAGAUGGGUUUACUAAAGUGAUCUAUACAAAAUACUUUAAACUGUUGUGUGCCUUCAAGUUAUUCCUGAUUUAUGGUGCUCCUAUCAUAGGAUUUUCCUGACAAGAUAUGCUAUAAGGAAGGGCUGAUAUUCCCGUGGUGUUUGUUUUGCUGUCUGUGCCCCUGUUCAGAAGAUUUCACUUCACUUUCUGUCUCUGUGAUCAUUGGAUUUUUUUUUUAAAAAAUGGCUUGUUGUGGAAACAAAGGUUGGGGAUAAAGCUUCAGUUGAGACACCUUUUCCCAUGAUAACUCAAGAGUGAAUUUCACUUUCUAGGGGUAGUUUUCCCUCACUUCCUGUUGUUUCACCACUGUUCUUAACAAUGAGUCAUGUGUAAGUUGGGUGUCUGUAACUCAGGGACUACCUUGUAGUAAUGAUUCAGUGAAAACAUGUGCAUGUUUCCUGCUUCCCCCAUGUCAGUACAUUUCAAGAUGUGGAGAUUUUAUCUGCUUCAGUGUUUGUGUCAGCAUCAAGAAAAGAUAGUUCACUUUGCCUUGAGGUAUUUCUCUUGAAGAAACUGAGACAAUCUUGAAUGAGCCAUCAGAUCACUGCAACACUGAGUCAUGAACAGGUGGAAGUGUACAGACACAUGAUGGAAGAAGUUAUAUCUUUGAUAAAAGUGCUUUAGAUAAGCAUAUCAGGAUUAUUAAGAAAAAGAAUCCUGAGAAUUUUCUUAUAGGUGUGAAUAUUUGUGGGGUUACUCCAAGGACCUGCUCAUGGGUGGGAUGGGGGUUAGUCUAUACCCAAAUUUUGAGAUUUUUCUUCCCUUGUUUGAACUACGGAUUGCCUGUGCAAAAAAAUCUGUCUGGGCAUUAAGUUGCUGAGUAGCCACCCGAUACUCUAAUAACAUUCUUCACUCAAGAGACUGUGGUCUGCUUACAGAAGCCAUAUUUUAGAAGGUGAACUUUGAGUGAGCUUGGACAUCUCUAGUUUCUUUCAUUGUCUUUCCCUGCAUACUGCGGGGGGAGAAGAGCAGUGUGGAAGUGGUUCUGAAGUUCUAGUGCCCAGUAGAGAACCUAAACACAAUUAUGGGUAUCACUAUGUACCCAUGACUUGGCUGCACAUUUUAAAUGCAGACUUCUCCAACCUGCUGUCCUCCAGCUGUAUUGGAUUAGAGUUCUCAUCAUCCCCAGAUAAUCCGUAUCCUUUAACACCAAAACAGUUAGGUAGAGUAUGCUUUUGGUUUUCAAAGAGGAGCAGAAAUGAAUUGCCUGUCAAAUUAGGUUUGCAUGGGAUUAAAUUUGCAUAAAUUGCAUUCCUCAUUUACAAAUUUAUAUUACUAGGACAUGUUGGUUUCCCAUGCCUCUCUUUAAAUAAAACCCAAACCAGGCUUACAAGGGACUUUUAUCACCACCCACCAUAGCUCAGAAUGCUAAGAAUGUGUUGCCUGGCAUUUGUGCUACAAUCUGUAAAGGCAGCGUGGAGGAGAAACAAGCCCAGUGGUUUGAAGAGUUGACAUUGGGCAGCUGCUACUGCUUCUCUAGAGAUGGGCCUGGCUGCACCUCCCACCUUCUGAAUGCAAGCAACCAUCAAAAGAUGCUUUGUGCAUUGAGAGGCAGCUUGAAGCUUCCAAAUAACACAGAAAGCAGUUUUGAAGGACUAUGCAGUGGACUCCAUCGUACUUGUCGUGUUGCUUCUAGAAAGGAUACGUUACUGGUUUGGGACUGGAUGGGAUAGGAACACAUGGGCUGUUGUUUUGGUAUCCCCUUCCAGAGGAAGUUUUCAUUGUGGUUUACAGGUGAAGACACAUCCUCUUGCUCAUCAGUCCAGCCUACAUCCCUGGCCAGUUGGUACAGUUUACAACAAUACUCAGAAGAACCCCGAGAAAGAUGUUUCCAAGAGAAGAAGAUGGCAUCAGGUAAUCCCAGGGAACUGGAUCCAGGAAGUCAGCCUGCACAGAUAGGAGAGGGAAUUCUGGAAACUGAAUCCGUGUCAUUGGCUGUAGGGGAAGGGUUUCCAAAUGAGAUCCCCCUCUCAUUUACUGUCAAGAGUCGCUCUGGACAAGGCCUCAAUCCCCAGCUACAAGAAGCCGCAAGAAAGAAGCUGUGGGCCCUGGAAAAUGACGAUAAAGAUGUCUGUGCUCUUUUCAAGGAGCUGUCAGCUAGGCUGGUGUGCAUCCAGGCCCAGGAAAACUGUUUUCUACUCUCCUUCAGGACUGUAGAAGAAAUUUGGAAGUUUUCAACAUACCUAGCUCUUGGCUAUGUGGGUUGCAGCUUGGAGCAUCUUCUCUUCACUCCAGAUUACUGGCUGAACUGUGCUUUGGUGGAGGAUACUGAGAUCACUGUGACUGUAGAUGAAGACCUCAUGACCACCAUGUAUCUGGGUCUUUUGCUCCAGGAAGGAAACUUCUUUGCCAGGGCAACAUUCAGUGUCCAGGUAGAAGAAGAGGAGGAAGACCUAAAGCUUGAAAAAAAUGAGGUUGUCCAUGUGAAAGAUGUUGGUCAUGAAACAAAAUGGGAAGGGACAUCUCUGUCAACUGAGCAGAAGGGCUUGGUGCCUGUCACUGCCAUAGAGCCAUUGGGCCACCCCUUUUACCAGUGGUUUCUGAAGAACUACCCAGUGAGUUGUGGAAUCUCCAAUCAAAUCAGUGAAGCUGAUUUUUUACAGAUUGGCCAAGGGAAGUGUACGGCUACAGAGGAUCACAAAGGGAAAGGAUGGGAUGAACUGAGCUUCUACAAAGGAGACAUCAUAGAGGUCGUUGGCUUUCUCAUUCCAGGCCUUCAGUGGUUUAUAGGAAAAUCAACGUCUACUGGAACAAUAGGCUUUGUUCAAAGCAAGUGUGUGAAUCCCGAGGCUUAUGAUUCAAUGAGAAAGAGCCCGAUGUUUUUCAGUGAAGAAGAAGUCCACACCUUUUUGCAGGUUCCUUGCAAUGGCAAUGAGCUGCAUUACAGUAAUCUCCUCAAUGAGUGGGCAAAGACAGACAUUACCUCUGUGUACAGGCUUGAUGGCUUUGAACCUGUGGCCAUGUAUCCACAGACACCAUCACAUGCAGUUAUAGAAGGACUUAAAGAUGAUUGGAUGUUCGAGGAAUGGGGGAAGCAGUCUAGUAAUAGCUUGUCCUCUCCUAGUGAUUCCGAACAGUCCAGUCCAGUGGGUGAAUCUUCACCUUCUAUCCUGGAACAUAUACUUCUGCCAGAACCAGAUGACCUUGAUGAUCCCAAGUUCUUUAUUGAUCUGAAUGCUGGCCACAUGGAAGACUCUGAUGUUUUUGAUCCUAUACUGACUUUCCUCAACCAAAGCAGCUAUGUGGCUCAUUUCCAAAGUCUCUAUGACCUUUCUUUUUCCUUCCUCAGUUCCACCUUCUAUGGCUUCUCCAGUGAGGAGGAGUUGGUCUUAUACCUGGAGACAUCCAGGAACUGGGCCAAAAGGGGUCGACUUGAUUGGGCUCACAUCCGGAUAUGCUUUCUCUUGGGUCGGCUUUGUGUCAAGAGAGCCAAGUUCUCCCAAGCUCGGGUCUAUUUUGAAGAAGCCAUGAGCACAAUGGACCAUGGAUUUGAAGACCUGCCCCUGCUCACUUCACUGUAUAUCAACCUUGCUGCAAUUUACCUGAAGCAGAAGAUGAAACAAAAGUUCUUGCCAAUGGUUGGGAAAGGAGUGGCCCUUCUGGCCUGCUUACCUGGACACUGCUUCAGUUCAGGCAUUGAACUAGAAGUGGUGGUGUAUAUUUUGAGGGAAGCUAUCACUGUGGGCAACACUGCUUUGGAAGCUCGGGCUUGCCUCCUUGUCAUCAGGCUCCUCUUGCAACUGAGCAAGUAUGAGGAGGUCUUACCUUUUGCAGAACACUUGCAGUGUCUUUGUGCUAGUUUCUCCAGCCAGGACUCCACGGCUGCCUCCUUAGACUUCAUGCCUAUUCUAACAUACCUGUAUGACAAGAAGUACUUGCCACAUCUUGCCUUGGCAUCUGCUAGGCUGUAUUCCCCUAGCAGUGUCAAGGGAUCACUGACUCCCAUUUGGAGAGCUGGAUUCAUUCUUGCUAAUUCCUCUAAGUUCUUUAAAGUCCAAGAGAGGAGCACCAUCAACACCCCUGCUUUGGCCUGCCUAUAUUUAAACUAUGCAUUGGCCUUCUCCCAUGAAUGUGGGGCCAUUUCCACAGAAAAAGCCCUAUGUGCAAUUUUAUCCAAAGUGUACCUCAAGCAUGGGCUGCUGCAAGGAGCAGUGCAUUAUUCAAGCAGAGCUGUUAUUCUUGGAAAAACAAUGGGUGAAGAGGAAGCAUUUGAAUCCUCCCUUUCCUUGGGGUGGAUGCAUGCAUUGAACUGCCAGCCAAAAAAAGCAGAGGAAAUCAUGUUGCUCCUCUUGCAUUCUUUGCAACAGACAGACAGCAUCACACAGGAUGGGGUGGUCCACAACCUUUUAGCCAUUGCUCUUAAGGAAGAAGGACAUGUGCAGAAGGCAGCAGAGAAUUACUUAUGGGCCUUGAAUAAAGCUCGGGAGACGGGGAACAGGCGGAACCAAGCUAUUGCUUUAUCCAACUUUGGAUGCUUGGCUGUUUCUCAUGGGGCAAACUGCCUAGCUGGACACUAUUUUCACCAGGCCAUUCAGUUGUACUUUGAACUCCAGAGUGGAGAUGACACACAGUUGGAGUUGGUUCAGGUUCUGCUGUGGUUAGCACAAACACAGGUAGCGAGGCAUAUGGUGGAAGAAAGCGUACUGUUUUAUGAAUUGGCCUUGGCAGUCGCCUUGAAGACACGGAGUGUGAUGAGUCAGCUUCAAGCAACUGAGUCCCUUUGCCAUUUCUAUAGUAAGGUGUGCCCAAAUUCUGGAGCCUGCAUUAUCUACCAUGAGCACCAAGUUCUUCUAUCACAGCAACUCCAGGACAGAGAAAUGGAAGGACAGCUUCUGCAGUCUCUAAGCCAGCUCUACCAAAGUGUCAAUACUGCCAGAUCUUUGAAGCAGGCCUUGGACUGUACCAAGCAGAGUCUGAGGCUCUUUAUUGACAUGGAGGAAACGGUCAAGGCAGCACAGGCCUGGUUACAGGCUGGACGGCUCUACUAUCAAAUGCAAGAAGAUGAACUUGUGGAAAUGUAUCUGCAGGCAGCCAUAGAGUCAGCACUGAAACCCGAAGAGCUUCACUUGGCUAUGGAACUGUAUGAAGAAGCUGGUGAUGUCUUCUUCAAUGGGGUCCGGAACAGACAGCGAGCAGUGGAAUAUUACAGGGGAGGAGCUGUACCUUUGGCUAGGAAGCUGAAGGCCUCGCAGACUGAGCUGAGGCUGUUCAACAAGCUGGCGGAGCUGCAGAUUGGACUCCAGAAUUAUGAAAAUGCAUUGGAAUUUGCUACCUUGGCAGCCAGGCUCAGUGUGGAUGUAGGAGAUCAGUGGCAAGAAGUGGUUGCCUUCCAUCGCCUGGCAACUGCAUACUAUCUUCUGCAAAUGUAUGAAAUGGCUGAGGACUGCUACCUGAGGACACUCUCUCUGCGCCCACCCUUGUUGCAGGGCAUUCAGGAAGCCAUGUAUUAUUCUAAGGUCUACUACCGCCUGGGAGACCUGACCCUGCACAAAUUAAAGGAUGAACAAGAUGCCACCAGCUAUUUCCUCUUGGCAUUGGCUGCUGCCACUGAGCUUGAUGACCAGUCUUGGCAGGACAGGAUUCAGGCUAGGUUGGCCCAAAUGCACAAUGCUUCUCCAUCAGAUAAAAGCCCAAGAGAAUGGACUACAUAUAGGGCCCGAUGGCUAAGUGAACGGAGGCAGGAUAUAUGACAGAUCGUCUCAUGGGACCGAAGGGCUCCAAAGAAGAGAAGCACUCAUCUUUUUACCUCACUCCAAAGGUGCCUCCUAGACCCAGAGGAAAGGGCAAGAUCAGCUCUCAAACGCUUCAGUGUUCUGCAUUCUUAUAUUCAAUGAUGAGAAAAAACUUUUGCCAUUUGGUAUCCCGGUUGGCUAAUGUGAAAUAGGCAAAAUGCCGGUCCACUUCCUCUUUGUAGUCCAGUAUUUUGGCUGCCAGAUCCGAUGGUACCCCAUGCUGGUGUAACAAUUUGUUAUACUGGAGUAAGGCAUAUUUUGGAAUGGUGCACAGCACUGUAUGAUAAAGAUGUUAUCAGAGAAAGCUGCUCUGCCAUAUCCUUAGCAGUUUAGAAAUAGGUAGGGCAGGUUUCUUACCUAACUGACACAUCUGAGGAAGUAGGUUUAUUUAUGAAAGUUUAUGCUACUGACCUCUUUCUCUAAGUCUCUAAGGUGCUAUAAGACCCCUUUGUAUAAUGGAGACAAGUGUUUUGCAAUCUUUAUUCCAUCCCCAGUCAUCUCUGCAACACUUGUGCCCAUUUUACCCUCUGUGCCACCUGUGUCACUGUGCCAUCAUAGUAAUGCCAGCACAGAAGAUGAUAGCCUUUUCUAUUAGCAGCUAUAACACCUACACAGAGAAGACUCCAUUGCCUAUAAAGAGAUGGCUUUAUAGGUCAACAAUGUGUAAAUAUUCUGUAAAGUGUAAAUGAAUAGUGCAAGGUAGGAGGUAAGCAAAAAUGAUUUUGCUGGAAUACAACUUGGUGAGAUCUGAGAAGAUAUAUUAAUUCUGGGAAAGAUUAUGAAAAGACUUUUCAGCUUCUACCUGUUCAACUUCAGUGCCAAGAUGUAAUGCACAGUUUCAGAUUCAUGGGAAAACCUGGGAGGAGCAGAAAGCCCCUGAAAGAGAAGAAAUAUUACUGGCAGUGAAUGUGAUCUUUCCCCCCUCAUGUGUCUUUAAAGCAUAUCAUUUAUCUGUGUUUAUAUUCUGUCUGGGCUUUUCCCCACCAAUUUUAUUUCUGCCAUCAGAAAUGUUUCUGAGCUGUAUUAAGGCUAUGCAAAUAAUGAUAGCACAAAAACAAAAACCCCAACAGAUUGCAAGAUAACAUUAAACAUGUACUAAAUAUGGUCUUGAAGCAGGGAUGUGCAGAUAAUUUGGAGUACAACUUUCACCAAUCUUUACCAUAGCUUAUAUUCGCUAAGCAGUUGUAGUUCUGCCUUAGGCUGGUUCCAGACGUGUUUCAAUAAAUGCCUUCCAUGUCCUUCA